AUGGGGUUGUGCGCGUCGAAGGACAAGGGAUCAGCAACACACGCGGAAAAGCGGCGUCAGGACAGACAUGGUGCUUCUCAGAAGGUAGAAACAGGAGCAAAGAGGGUAGAUUACGGUGCAGAAGUCAAACCUGAGACGUCACCCAGUCAUAGCACGUCCGGCGCUACAGCGGGCGGCAGGAAACGCUCCGUGGUAUCCGGGACGAGUCAGCAGACAACGGCAGUGGCUGGACCAGGGUCAAUGGGGCAACCGAGUGCCAGCAAUCGCGCGCUCAAGGUUUUGUUGUUGGGUUCUGGCGAGAGCGGGAAAUCGACCGUACUGCAACAACUGAAGAUUCUUCACCAGAACGGCUUCACGCAAGAAGAGCUUCUAGACUUUAAACCCUUCAUUAUCGACAACAUUGUGGAAACUGGGAAAGACUUGUUGAAUGCAAGAGCUAAAUUCAACGUACUCCUUGAACCCGACUGCGGUUUGACAGAAAACGAUCUGCAACAGGUUCUGGAAUAUAGCAGGCCUGCCGGCUCGACACCUUUAUUGCCGCGUGGCCUGGCUGGGAUUUUAAGCAGAAUCUGGCAGUUACCUUCGACCAAAGAGCUUCUCACUGGUCCUGAACGGUCGUCGUUCUACCUUAUGGAUAAUGCAGGCUACUUCUUCAAAAGUCUGGACCGUAUUUCGCAGCCCGACUACGUUCCUACUGUAGCGGACGUGCUCCGUACAAGAAAGAAGACCUCAGGUAUUUUUGAUACAACGAUAGAAAUGGAUGCUGACCUAAAACUACACAUUUACGACGUCGGCGGUCAACGAAGUGAGCGGAAAAAAUGGAUCCGUUGCUUCGAUAAUGUUACUUUGAUCAUAUUCUGUGUCUCUCUUUCUGAAUAUGACCAAACCUUGAUCGAAGACAAGACGCAAAAUAGGUUGCAAGAGUCCCUGAUCCUCUUUGAUUCAGUGGUAAAUAGCAGAUGGUUUACAAGAACAUCCGUUGUCCUGUUCCUGAAUAAGAUAGACGCAUUUGCUGAAAAGUUACAGACAGUCCCUCUCGAGAAGUACUUUCCUGAUUACACUGGUGGCCAGGAUAUAAACAGAGCUGCAAAGUACAUUCUAUGGAGGUUCGUCCAGUUGAACCGCGCUAACCUGAAUAUUUAUCCACAUGUGACACAGGCUACAGAUACUUCCAAUAUUAGGCUAGUAUUUGCCGCUAUCAAAGAAACUAUACUCGAGAACACUUUAAGAGAUUCCGGCGUGUUGUGA